AUGAGUUUAAUUUUGCAUUUUAAAUAGUUUUUAGGUGCUUCAAACCUUCCUGUGUAUUCUGUGGACUGCAGUAAUGCAGGGACAAACAUUUUAACUGGUCCAGUUAUACACGUACAGAAUAUAAAGAAAGACCAGAUACUGAAAGCAAGGAUUGAAAUACUUAGUUGUAAAGAUGUGCCACCAGUGGAAAAGAUUAUUAAACUUCUUCCUAGCAGUCGUGUUGCAAGAAUACAGAUCUUAAGCAUGGAUGGACAAAAAGCUAUUCAAAUUAAACAUCAGGAUGAAAUUAAUUGGGUUGCUGGUGAUGUCAUGCGCAACCUUAUAUUUCAGAUGUAUGAUGAAGGCGAAAGAGAGAUAAACAUAACUCCAGCUGUGGCAGAAAAAAUCAAGGUUAACUGGACACCUAGAAUUAACAGAGAACAGUUGAUUCAGGGAUUAUUACCUGAUGUAAAAGUACCAACGACAGUAAAAGAUGUACGUUACUGUCUGAUUACUUAUCUUGAUGACCAUGUGUCUUUGGAGAGUGCAUUCACAGUCAGACCACUUCCUGAUGAACCCAGACACAUUAAAUGUAAAUUAAAAGGAACAAACACACUGCAGUUGGGUGAAGAACUGCAAGGUGAAAUUGAUGUAAUGAUUACAGAUCAGUAUGGAAAUCAGGUUCAGACAGUGACAUCUGCGUGUGUAAAUUCCCUAGGAGUUUCUGGGCCUGGACUUGAUAAAUCAAAUUUGAAAAUAACUUGGCAGGAAAGUACUCUAACAAUGAGAGUAAAAGGUAUUCGCUAUAAACCUUGUUUACUUGGGAGCAAAGAAUUGUGCUUCGCUUGGCGUGAAUUUUCUGACUUUCUCAGAGUAAAUUUAACUGCAGGAUCCCCUGCUAAAUUGCAGUUUGUGGACUGGCCAGAGUUAGAAAAGCCUGUUGCAGUGAUUAAUGGUAGAGAAUUGCAGAAGCCCCUUAUUGUUCAGCUGUGUGAUCAAUGGGGAAAUCCAUCUCCCGAACCUAACAUCAAAAUCAACAUUACAAAGAGUAACAGCUUAAGGAUUGCUUCUUCAAGCCAGCAACAUAAAACAGAUGAAAAUGGUAGGGCUAACCUGGGAGUUUUUAGUAUUCAUGGACCUAGGGGAGAGCACACUUUACAGCUUAAAGCCUCAUAUGGCAAGAAUAUGUUAGAUUGUCCUGUAAUCACAUUAAAUGUCCUGCCCGAUCCUGAGAAACCUGUCCGCUUGAAUGUUAAAUAUGACAAAAAUGCUUCCUUUCAAGCAGGAGGUACCUUCCCUGAUUUUAUGGUUAGUGUUCUUUCUGAAGAUGACAACAUUAUUAAAAACAUUAAUCCAGCACGGAUUUCUAUGAAAAUGUGGGAAGCACAGGGCAGUGGACCUAGGAUAUCAACUGAUACUACAAAAUUUUGCUGUAGUAAAGGGAAGGAUGACAAGGAAGAUGGCUUCUUCUACUUCAGGGAUAAAGUAGUUCCAGAGAGAGUGGGCACUUACAGUAUCCAGUUUACCUUUGCAAUGGAUAAGACAAAUAUGCUCAUCAGUGACCAGAUUAUAAUUGAAGUUGUACCAAAUGAACCUGUACGCUUGUUACCUGAUUCUUUACCAGCUACUCCAGCAGUUUCCAAUGUUCGAACUCUUACUAGCCGAACACUGGUCAAGGAUUUAUGCCUCCAUUUAAUGGAUGAAUACAACAACCACACUGGAAUUGAUCUAGUUGGCAAAAUAAUAGCAAAGAUUAAGAGCCCCAAUGAAGAUGAUAUAGAGAUCCCGCAGUUUCAGGGGAAAGUCAGUACAGUUGAGUUUCCAUUUGACAAAGGAUCAGCUGAAAUUAAUCUAGUGCUGGCUGAAAAUAGUCCUGGAAGAGAUAGCACUGAAUAUAUUCUUGUAUUUGAGCCAGAUCUGCCAGCUUUGAAAAAACCUUUGGAACCAUACCGUCUGUCAUUUAUGUUUUACAACGAUUUCAAGAAGCAGCAACAGAUGGCAACACUUACAAGGGAGAGAGACGAAUUGUCUCAGUCCAUAGGUGUUUACAGAAAUUGGCUUGAUGUUAAAAAUCAGCUUGUAACUGAAAUAAAAUGUCAGGUUAAAGAAGCUGAAACAAGAGAAAUUCACCUGAAGAAUGAACUGAAAAAACACCAAAUAGAAUUACCACAGACAAACACACUUCAGUAUGUGGAUUCUCUUAUAAAACAAAAGAUGUUGGAACAAGAAGGAGUAGUGAAGCAGCCAAGGCGAACUUGUACACUCCCAAACUAUCCAAAAGGCAACCAAGAUAUUUUGGGCAAGAUUGCACAUUUAGCACAAAUAGAGGAUAAUGAAGCAGCAAAAGUAAUCUCUUGGCAUUUGGCAAGUGACAUGGACUGUGUAGUCACAUUGACUACUGAAGCUGCUCGUUCGAUUUUUGAUGAAACUCAAGGUCGACAACAAGUGUUACCCCUUGAUUCUAUUUGCAAGAAGACACUCCCUGAUUGGAGCAGGCCUUUACCUCAUAUAAAAAAUGGAAAAAUCUUCUUCAGACCCAUUGGAAAUCCUGUAUAUGCCAGAGAUCUGUUAAUAUUUCCAGAUAAUGCAGAGCAUUGUCAAACAGUGUUUGGGAUGAUCUUGGGUGACACUAUCAUUAUAAAUAACUUGGAUGCUGCCAACCAUUACAGAAAAGAGGUUGUAAAAAUUACACAUUGCCCUACUUUGCUGACUAGAGAAGGAGACAGGAUUCGCAGCAAUGGAAAGUUUGGAGGCCUUCAGAAUAAAGCUCCUCCAAUGGACAAACUCAGAGGAAUGGUAUUUGGAGCACCCAUGCCAAAACUUUACUCUACUUUUGCUGGACAGAUAG